AAAUAAUGACAGAAUAGUUUUAGUUCCACCUUGGGCGGAUGAUGAACCACCUUCUCCCCAAUUACCACAAAAUAAUAUCGGACCAGUAGAAUUAUACAACGCCUCUACAACUGAUUUAACUAAUCAAUUCCAAGCGAGCAAUCAGCAAGAUCUAAAAUGGUGGAAGCUCACACUUCCGAAUAAGAUAUACAAUAGACAUAAUAGUUCAAAUAAUCAAGUAGACAGUUCUAGUAUAACUAGUGAUACUAGGAGUACAAAUAAUCACCACCCUCAUUUACAUAGUUUCGAUGAAUCAAUUGAUCGCCAAGAUAGAGCAUCUAUUACAUCCCACCAAGCGAAUUUAGUUAAAACAUUCGCAAAAAUGGCGAAAUCUGAAUUAGAUGAUGCUGCUCAACAUAGGAGGCAUAAAUUAGGUAAAAGAACUCGUAAAGAUAAACUAAGGAAAUUUUUAUUACAUUCCGCUUACGUUCCUUUAUUAUUUAGAAGCGUAAACGUCGGCUUUACGACUGCUUCAUUAGCUGUAUGCGUUAGAAUACGUAUAUUAGAAGGUCAAUUUAAUGCACUUGGUAUAUCAGGUGCGGGCGCAAUUAUUGGUAUCAUUUUCGCGCCUAUGACAUUAACACAUGUUAUGGUAUCAAUAUAUCUUGAAUACUUUUAUGGUAGACCGAUCGGUAUUUGGGGAAUACGAUCUAAGAUGGCACACACACUUCUCGAUUUAGUUUUUAUUAUUUUUUGGUCAGCCGAAUUAAGCUUGGUUUUCGAUAAUUAUUUUACUUCUCUUCUCUCAUGCUCUAAUACUACACCCUGGUGGUCAAAUGUUUCACAAGCGAAUGAAAGAACAGCUGAUUUGAUUUUAUCGGAUGAAAAGCAGGGUAGACUCUGUAACCAUCUGGGUGCAUUAGUAGGUUUAGUUUUCGUUGGGAUGCUAUUAUACGUUGUCAAUCUUGUCGUCAGUCUAUAUAGAAUCUACGAAAGAGUUCGUUUACAUCAACAUAUGCACAACGGCGAAUUAGUCUAGACGUCAUUUCAUAAUCACAUUCAAUUAAAUUGCAUUGUAUUAUUAUUAUUAUAAAUUGUUUUUAU